AUUAUCAUCGAUUAAAGUUUCAAAAUAUUUGACCAAAAUCUCUUUCUCAUUAGAAAUAUAAUCUUAUAGAUUAUAUCAUUAUAAUUACAAAUUGAUUUUCUUAAUUUAUAAGUAAAUAUAAAUUGGUACAAUUGGUCACUCCAUUUUCUUGUGUCUUUCUCUUCACACUUCUCCAUUUUAGCUUUCAAUAUUUUUCUCUCCUUUCACUUCCCUUUUGUUCUUCAUCAAAGUGAAUAACAAUGGCUGAAAAAGGAGGAAAAGGGUUUAUUUUGCCGAAAACCGGAAAGUCUGCCCUGAAGUCUCCUGCGUCCAAAGGGAAGGAUGAUAGCUCACUGAAGUCAAAAAGAGGAAGGAAAGUUCAGUUCGAUUCUGAAGGAUCGCUUGAUAUCAAUUCCACAAAAUCGAAUGGAAAAGCUGAUAUACCGUCUUUCAAAGUUGACGCGGGCAAGGCCGGGAAAGCUGGCGCUGGUGGUAAAAGUCAAAAACCAAAAGCACCCGAGCCAUUGGAGCUGAGAGCUGAGCAAGAAAUUUCGGAGGAUACAACAUGCGUGAUGGAUUGUGAAGCUGCUGAAAUUAUGCAAGGAAUCCAAGAGAAAAUGGUGGUUUUGUCUGAAGAUCCCUCUAUAAAACUGCCUGUUUCAUUUGACAGGGGAUUGGCAUAUGCUCAAAGGAACAAGCUUUACGAUAAUUCUCAGGCUGUUAGACAAGCACUUGAGCCUGUAAAACAACAUGGCGUUACUGAUGGGGAGAUCUGCAUGAUUGGCAACUUCCCGAUGGAAUCUGUUGAUGAAGUGUUUGCUCUUGUUCCCUCGCUCAAGAACAAAAAGAACAAGCUGAGAGUUCCCCUGGAGAACGCGUUGGCUGAACUAGCCAAACUUAGAAGGGCGGCGGCAGCAUAAAUUGCUCAAGGCUAGCAUUCUAUGGUGUGUUUGUGGUGUGGGGUGUUUGUCAGGGGUGUUCUGCAUGUGUCACUGAAGGCCAUGCUCAGCAGUUCAGCAGCCAGCAACUGAUGUUGCCUUCAUUCUUCUUAGUUUUGUUUCUGUUUAGUGGUCAUGUUUGCUAGUCUGCCAGAGGCGGAUUUAGGAUUUGAAGAUUUGAAGUUUGUCGGUUCUUAUUACGAUCUCAAAUUUAAUAUAUAUAUAGGCAGUUGAGUUCACAGUCAAA